AAAUGUGCGGUCACACUGCCCUGGACAAAAAAAAGACGCCGGCAAAAAGAAGCGAAAAUUGGUUAAACAGAAUUAAAGCCGCCAAAAACCAGUCAAAAUGUCGUUCAAGGGCAAUCCCAAGGUGCAGAAGGUGAUGGUGCAGCCCAUCAACCUGAUCUUCCGAUACCUGCAGAACAGAUCCCGCGUGCAAGUCUGGCUAUACGAAAACAUAUCGCUGCGCAUCGAGGGCCACAUCGUGGGCUUCGACGAGUACAUGAAUCUGGUGCUGGACGAUGCCGAGGAGGUCUAUGUGAAGACCCGUCACCGCAGGAACCUCGGUCGAAUCAUGCUCAAGGGCGACAACAUCACGCUUAUACAGAACGUCAGUCCCACGAAGGACUAGGGGUACAGCUCCUAUCCUGUGAAUCCUACGAAUUCCACCUGCGAUAGCUGCACGUCCUAAACAUAAGUUAAAUAAAUGUAAAGCCGAAAUCUGAAGACGAAUGUUCAAAUAAAGGGUAGACUUUCUGUAA